GCUCGCUCUCUCCUCCAUUGACAAUGUCCCACGAGUCUGUCUUUUACAGCCACCCCAGGAAGUUCGGCCCCGGCUCCCGCCAGUGCACCGUCUGCUCCAACCGUCACGGUAUGAUCCGCAAGUACCACCUUGACAUGUGCCGUCAGUGCUUCCGCCAGUACGCCGCCGACAUCGGCUUCAUCAAGUACCGCUAAGCCUUUUCAAAGCGCUGAAGCAAGGAUUGUUUUCUCUGCUCGACCUUAGCGUUUUUGAUUUUUUUGCUGAUUCAGUGCCCCCUCUAUCGACCCGGGUUUCUCCUGGUUGUGAUCUGAAGUCUGUCUAGUGUCGUUGCUUUGCUUGCUGUUAUCAUAAUGGAUGCGCAAUGAAGAUUUUCGACUCGCCA